AUGUAACAUAUUUAUAGAUCAUUCAAUAGCAAAAGCAUAUUCCAUUCCUCUAACCUCUUAAAAGAAAGAUUAAGAGAGAUUAUACCAAUCAAAUAAGCUUUAUUAAGAGACAUUAGAAAAACAUAUGGUUAGAAAGAAAUUUGCAAAGUGACUGUCGAUUAAGCUAUUGGAGGUAUGAGAAAUGUGUUUGGUUUAUUUUAUGAUAUUUCAUUGUUGGAUUCGAAAACUGUAAUAUUUCAUUGCUACUGAAAGGGUAUUACAUUCAGAGAUUACAAUAUUCCAGAGAUUUAGGAAUAUUUAUAAAAGGCUAAAAAUGGAAAUGAGCCUUUACCAGAAGCUUUGUUUUGGUUAUUAUUGACAGGUGACUUUCCAUCAGAUUAAGAAUUUAAAUUUGUUUAAGAAGAAUGGAAGAUAAGAGGAGAAUUAGACUAAGAGACAAUUAAAUUCAUCACAAGUCUUCCAAAAUAAUUACAUCCAAUGACAAUGUUAUCUUAGAGUGUGUUAUAUUUAUAAAAGGAUUCAAAAUUUUAAUAGGCUUAUGAAAGCGGAAAAGCAACUAAAACAUAAUAUUGGGAAUAUUAUUAUGAAGAUGCAAUGGACUUGGUUGCCAAAAUCCCAAGAGUUGCAGCAUUAAUUUAUAGACAUAAAUAUAAGGUAAAUAAUAAUAAUAUUUAAUGAGAAUGGAGAUUUGAUUAGUAGUGAUAAUUCAUUAGAUUGGGCAGCAAAUUACUCUCAUAUGAUGGGUUUCAAUUAAUUUAAUGCAUAUGAAUUAUUUAGAAUGUACUUAAGCAUUCAUGCAGAUCAUGAAGGAGGUAAUGUAAGUGCACAUGCUACUCAUCUUGUUGGAUCUGCUUUGGCUGAUCCAUAUUUGUCAUAUUCAGCUGGUAUUAAUGGUUUGGCUGGACCUCUUCAUGGUUUAGCAAAUUAAGAAGUUCUUAAAUGGUUGAUUGAAAUUAGAGUAAAAUUAUUAAAUUAUAAAAUAGGAAAAAUUAGGUGAUAAAGUUUCUAAUGAAAAAAUAUAAGAAUAUGUUCUAAAUACUAUUAGAGAAGGUAAAGUUGUGCCAGGAUAUGGACAUGCUGUGUUAAGAUAUACUGAUCCUAGAUAUAUUCAUUAAAAGAAUUUUGCAGAAAGAUUGAUUAAAGAUGAUCCCCUUGUUGAUCUUGUUAAAUAAUGUUAUCAUGUUAUUCCUCCUGUUCUUAAAACAAUAGGAAAAAUAUAAAAUCCAUGGCCUAAUGUUGAUGCUCAUUCAGGAGUUCUAUUAAAUCAUUAUGGAUUGAAAGAAUAUGAAUAUUACACAGUUGUUUUUGCUGUUUCUAGAGCACUUGGAUGUACAGCUAACUUAGUUUGGGCUAGAGCCUUUGGAUUACCAAUUGAAAGACCAGGAUCUAUUACAUUAAGAUGGAUUGAAGAAAAGUUUGGAGAAAAUUAAUCUGUUAAAUGAAAAAUGUUUUGUCUAUUAAAUUAAAAAUAAAAAUAAUGUAAUCUAAAGGACCUUCUGCAUAAUAUCUAUAAAAUCUGAUAAUAGAAGAUCCAAACAGAGCCCCUGAACGUGUUUUUAAAAACAAAUUAAAAAUAUGCUGAAUAUAUUGCAUAUUUGGGUUAACAAAAAGCUCCUAUAACUGCUUAUACAAAAUUAGCUUAAUGGAAAUAAUACUAAUUUGAGAAUGUUAAUUUAUUAAUUGAUCCUGCUAAAAUAUCACCUUUAUUAUCUACACUUACAGAUGAAAAUAAAUUAUUAAAACAUGAAUGUUUCAAAUUAUCAAAUGAUAUUGUUGAAUUAACUACUAUGGUUGAAAGAUUAAUAGAUGAUAAUUUAGUAAUAAAAAAACAUUUAGAUUUAAAGACUAAUGAAAUGUAACAUUUUCUAUAGAAUUAAAAAACAUAAAUAAAUGAGGAAAUAUAGGAUCUCAAAUUUUAAGUUUAAUCGUUAUAAGAUGAAAAUAAUCUAUUGAUUACACAUUUGGAAGAUUUAAGAAGAAAUCAAAAUGAUGAUGUGAUUAAUAAUUUAGAAACAGAAUUGAGUAAUGCUAGAGAUUUAUUUGAGUAAUAGCAAUAGAAUUUCAAAUAAUGUUAAGAAAGAGAAUAUGAUAUUAGUAGAGAACUUGUUAAAAUGAAUUCAUAAUAUAAAGAAGCUUUAGAGAAGAUUGUUGAAUUGUCAUCAUAAUUAAGUAGUUAUGAAGAUAACAAUCAUGAAUUGAGAAAUUAAAUUAUGCUAAUUUCUAAUAAAAUCAAUAUUAUAUAAAAGAAUGCUUUUGAUCAAGUUAAUCAAAAAGAAAUUGAACUUGAAAGUCUAUAAAUAAAAUUUAAUACUUUAAUUAAGGACAAUAAUUCAAUAAAAGAUUAAUUAAACUAAUAUGAAUUUAAAAUAUAAGAAUUAAUUAAAGAGAAUACUAGAAUAAGUGAAGAAAUGAAGAUUUUUUAAUUAAUUAAUAAUGAACUUUUGAAUUAAGAGAAAGAUAUUAAGAAUCAAUUAUAAUUAGAGAAAAUGAAAAAAAAUCCAAAUAUAUCAGAUGAUUAGAUGACUAAAGAAUAAUUAAUAAAAGAAUGCAGAAGAUUAGGAGAGUAAUUAGAAAGAGCAUAAUUAGAAUAUAUUAAAUUAGAUGAUUUUUUGACAAAAUAAAUUGAUUUAUAAAAAAAGUAAUCUGAAUAAAUACUUGAAAACAUGAAAAUCAGAUACUAAAAUUCUUUAGAUAGUAGAUAAGAAUAAAUAAAUUAAUUAGAAAAAUAAAUUAGUUCAUAGAUUGAGUAGAUUAAUAUUCAAAAAAAAGAAUUAGAAAUCAUAAAUUUAGAUUAUUAGGAAAUUAAAUAAAAAUAAGUAUAAUCUUCAAUAUUUAAAAAUAGGAAGAUUAAUCUUAAUUAAAGAAAUUAGUAGAUUAAUAAGUAAUGGAAAUUAGAGUACUUAAAAGUUAAUUAUAGGAUAAAAAGAUGCUUAUCAAUGAAAUGUUAGAAGAAAAGGAUAAGAUGAGUAAGUUGUUUAAAAGUGAAUAAAUAUCAUAAUAGUAAAAUAUUCAUUUGUUAGAGGAAGAAAUAAAAUAAUUAUAAAAUCAACAAAUUAAAUAUUAAUCAUAGAAGGAAGAUCUGGAGAAAUUAUUAGAAAUCAAUGAUAACUUAAAAUAAGAAAUUCAUCAUAUUUAAUAAUAAUAUAAGGAUGUUUAAUCUCUAUGUAAAGACGAAAUUGAAAAAAGAUAGAAUGUAUAAUAUUGAUUAAUAAAGUUAUAAGUAGAAGCAGGUAUUUAAGCUAAUUAAAUUGGAACACUCAAAGAAUAAAUAAGAUAUUUUUAAGAAUAAUAACAAAGGAAAGAUAAAUUAGACUAAGUUUUAUAGGAAAAUCAAAUUCUAAGAGCUCAACUUAAAUAAUGA